GGAUCGAAGAGCGGAAACAUAAUAUCUGACUCUCCAGGAUUCUUCAGGCAGCAGAUUUAAUUUGGCGGAUGAGUUUAGUAUCCUGAAGAAAUGAUUCUUAGAUCCGGGAGGAUCUCCGUCACUCAAGCGGCCACACCGAGGCGGCCGCGGCAGCGCGCGACCGGCGGGAAAAAGAGCGCGCGCGACGACGACGGCCAGCAGCAGCAGAACGGAACAGCAGUGACGAGCAGAAUCGACCAAACGAAGAGCAAAGAGGAGACGCUUCCUGACAACCAUCACGCACAUCCUUCUGAAGACGAGGGGGCCCCCACCGUUGUGAGGCGCCGCCGGCCGCGGGUUCGAGUCCGGAGGAGGGCUGCCACCUCAGAGGACAGCGAUGUUGACGCAGAGUUUAAGACCCCCAUUCGCUCCCGACAACCCAAGGUGCGCUUCAAGGAUGAUCACAGCGAUUCUCCCAAGGGCCCUGUGAGGAACAUCUACUCCCCCAUUGUGCGCUUCCUGACUCCAGCUAAAGAUAGUGAGAAGACUUUAAAUUACCAUUCUCCAGCUGUGAAGUCUCCUGAAGAUGGGAUGUUGAGUCCACAGCAGUUCGUUUUUGGAUAUGGCUUCUUUCCCCCAUCAGGGGAGGAAUCUGCUGAUGAGAUUUUUAACCCGUACACCUUCAUUAAGAAUGUCCAGUCCCAGUCUCAGACAUCAAAGCCUUUUCUGCGAGACAUUCCACUCAGAACCAGAAGCACCCCAAAAGCCACACUUGUUUUAGAUCUUGAUGAGACCCUUGUGUUCACCUCUUUAAGUGUUAUUGAGGAUGCAGAAUACACCUUUAGGAUAUUCUUUCAAAACCAUGAGUACAAAGUGUACAUGAAACUGAGACCACACGUGAAAGAGUUUUUGCAAAGCAUGUCAAAAAUCUUUGAGAUGUUAGUUUAUACCUCUGCAAAGAAAGAGUAUGCAGAGAAGAUCCUGAACAUUUUGGACCCCCAAAAAAAGUUGUUUAGGCAUUGUUUGUAUCAAGAGGACUGUUUGUGUGUUCUUGGCCACUAUGUUAAGGAUUUGGGCCUUCUGCAAAGGGACCUGGCCAAAACUGUAGCCGUGGACAACGCUCCUCAUACCUUCCCUUACCAUCAGAUGAAUAGAAUCCCAAUUCAGAGCUGGACUGGGGAUGAGCAGGAUAAAGAGCUCCUGAAGUUGAUUCCAUAUCUAGAGGAGUUGUCAGAAGCAGAGGAUUUUCGGGAAGCGCUGAAGAUGAGAUAUGCUCUACCUGUUGAUCUCUAAAGACUAGAGGCUCAAUGUUGAUCAAUUUUUGCACAAUUCACUGUCCAACACUGUGUGAUAAAUUGCUUAACACUGGUGUGGAUGCUACACAGACUUCAAGGACUUGCUGCCACACUAAGUUUCAGAGCCUUUUAUAUUAAGUGUCUCCUGGUUCAUUUUCUAGGGACCAAAUUAUGUGGCUGAGAGGAAUAUUUUCAAAUAAGGCAUCAUAUUUGCAUCAAGCAAAGUUCAUCAUUUUUCU